AUGGCAGACGCCGAAUCCUUCCUCCUCCUUACCCUCCCCGGGGCCACCGUCACCCAGGACUUCCAGGGCGACCAGAUGGUUCUGGCCAAGGGCGAGCUUGCAAUUGACUGCGUGUCGCUCCCCAUCCCGCCCGAGAUUGGUCACCAGACGGCCAACCCGUUCUCGAACACGGAGCCUAACCCGACGCACGACCUCUGGCUCGUUCUGAAGGUCGGCCAUGACUUUGAGAACACGCUGGUGCCGGAGAACUUCCUCAUCCCGCGCGCCCCGCAGCGUGCGGGCGAGGGACCGAGCUACACGGUCCGCUCCCCCGACAUUCCGGGUGCAAGCCUGACGCUGUCCCUGCAGCCGCCGCAUUCGCUCGGUGAGGCAGAGGAUUUGCAGACCUACGAGACGCUGCUGCAGCAGUACGGUGCGCUGAAGCAGGGCGAGAGCGCUCUCACCGGUGUUCACCUGCCGAUGCUUGUGAACAAGGGCGAGGACCAGAAGGCCCACCCCGCUCCCGUCGGUGGACCCUCCACUGGCGCAGCUGUGGCUGGUGGCGCUGCUGCUGGUGCGGCCAGCGCGGCUGGCUCGGGCGCAUACGGCCAGUAUGACGAGAAGCACCCACCGCCGCCGGCGCAGCUGGAGGGCGACGCCACCAACGACCUCAAGGGCAAGCUUGUGCUUGUCGACCAGGACUCGGGCUCCGUUAUGGGCGAACUCGAUGCGCCUACGGUCGCCCAUGACGUGCACAACCAGGACCCGCAUGCGCCCGUCUUCGUCGACUUCGACAUGGCUGAGAAGUACGUCGGCCACCCUGUCGAGGUCACGCGCAUCCCGCCCGAGGAGCUGAACGACUCGACCAUUCUCUGGACGGCCGACAAGCUGAGCCGCGGCAUCUUGUGGUUCGGUGACGCCGGUGCGUCUGCGCUUCGCUCCGGCGCCGGUGCCUUCGUGAAGCGCACCCUUCCUCGCCCCGAGCCGAUGCACUUCUCCGACACAACCCGUAAGAACCUGGACCGCACCUACCGCACGACCGCCGGAGCGUCGCGCGUGACCCGCUCAACGCUGAACAGCGUGCACAAUGUCAUUGCACACCUUGUCUCGAAGAAGGACGCCAAGGAAGCCGGUGUCCCCGCCGAGUCUACCGGCCAGAGGCUCCGUGCCGAGGCUGGAUCGGCUUACAACACGCUCAUGGACGUCGGUGGUCCGGCACUCAACAAGCUCAAGGCGAAGGCUGGCUACGGUUCUAGCUCGGGAUACUCUUCUCCCGCGACAAGUGCCGGAGGCAAGCCGCCCCUGCCCACUAGCGAGAAGCCGCCCCUCCCGACCAGCGAGAAGCCUCCUCUUCCCCCUCGUACCGGAGAGGAGCCCCCUGCGUACGGUACCGCCGGCGCUUCCGGUGCCUACGCCUACGACCGCAAGGACGCCACGGGCACUCCCGGCGCCUACGGCCAGCAGCAGGCGUACAUCCAGACUUCGCAGCCGGGCAGCGGCGCCACGACCCCGUCGGGCAAGAAGCGUCCUCUCCUGAACCGUUCGCUUCUCGCCGUCGACUCUGUCCUGUCCUCGCUCGAGGCCGCCACGAACCAGCUCAUUUCGUCGGGUACCUCCGCCGCCUCCCAGAUGGCGACGCACAGGUACGGUGCCGAGGCGGGAGAGGCCGUGGCCCAGGUCGGCGGCUCGGCACGCAACGCCGUGCUUGUGUACGUUGAUGUGCGCGGAAUGGGCCGCCGCGCAAUCCUCAAGUCCACGGCCAAGGGAUACGUCAAAGCGCGCCUCCGCAGCGGCGAGAAGGUCGAGCUGCAGGGCCCGGGCCAGAACCAGCAGAGCCAGGCCCAGGUCGCGAGCCAGCAGACGAUCGGCGGCGCCGGCCCGAGCCAGGCCCAGGGCGCCGGCGGCAACGGCCUCUACGGGCACGGGAAGCAGGACAUUGUCGUCGACGUGCCGCAGAUGAAGAAGUGA